AUGCCCACCGCUGAGGUCCCCCAAGCAGCUGGUGGGCAGGGCGAUGGAGGUGAUGGCGAGGGAGCUGCUGAUCCAGAGGAGAUGUUCAAGAACCCCAAAAACACCAAGAGAAAAGCCCGAGACUACGCCCGCUUCAUGCCACUACUGUUGAUCUUGGCUGCUUUGGCCUCAGCAGGAGUCAUGCUUUGGUAUUUCCUAGGGUACAAGACAGAAGUAACCAUUAGCCAGGUGUACUCUGGCAGCCUCCGGGUGCUCAACCGCCAUUUCUCCCAGGACCUGGCCCGACGAGAGUCCAGUGCUUUCCGCAGUGAAACUGCCAAAGCCCAGAAGAUGCUCAAAGAGCUGAUUGCCAGCACCCGUCUGGAUGCUUACUAUAACUCCAGCUCCAUCUACUCCUUUGGGGAGGGAUCCCUCACCUGCUUCUUCUGGUUUAUCCUUGACAUCCCUGAGUACCAGCGACUGACACUGAGCCCUGAGGUGGUGCGUGAGCUCCUGGUGGGGGAGCUGCUGUCCAACAGCUCGGCCCUGGCUUCCUAUAGGACCGAAUAUGAGGUGGACCCCGAAAGCCUGGUGAUUCUGGAAGCCAGUGUGAACGACAUAGCCGUACUGAAUUCCAUGCUGGGCUGUUACCGCUACAGCUACGUGAAGCCAGGCCAGGUCCUCCGGUUGAGGGGGCCUGACCAGCAGGCCUCUAGCUGCCUGUGGCACCUGCAGGGGCCUGAGGAUCUCAUGCUCAAAGUGCGGCUCGAGUGGACCCAGGUGGAUUGCAGAGACCGGGUGGCCAUGUAUGAUGCAGCCGGGCCCCUGGAGAAGAGACUCAUCACUUCGGUCUAUGGGUGCAGCCGCCAGGAACCGGUGAUGGAGGUGCUGGCGUCAGGCUCCAUCAUGGCAGUGGUGUGGAAGAAAGGCCUGCACAGCUACUAUGACCCCUUCAUGCUCUCAGUGAAGUCUGUGGCCUUCCAGGACUGCAAGGUGAACCUGACACUGGAGGGCCGGCUGGAUCUACAGGGCUUCCUCCACACACCCUAUUACCCCAGCUACUACUCACCCAGAACCCACUGCUCUUGGCAUCUCACGGUACCCUCUCUGGACUACGGCUUGGCGCUCUGGUUUGAUGCUUAUGCACUGAGGAGGCAGAAAUACAACCUGUUGUGUACCCAAGGCCAGUGGGUGAUCCAGAACAGGAGGCUGUGUGGCUUCCGCACCCUCCAGCCAUAUGCGGAGAGGAUCCCCAUGGUGGCCUCGGCUGGUGUCACCAUCAACUUCACCUCCCAGAUCUCCCUUACCGGCCCUGGUGUGCAAGUGUACUACAGUUUGUACAACCAGUCAGACCCCUGCCCUGGAGAGUUCCUCUGCUCCGUGAAUGGACUGUGUGUCCCUGCCUGUGAUGGAAUCAAGGACUGCCCCAAUGGCCUGGAUGAGAGGAACUGCGUCUGCAGAGCCAUGUUCCAGUGCCGAGAGGACAGCACGUGCAUCUCACUGCCUCGAGUGUGCGACCGGCAGCCUGACUGUCUCAACGGCAGUGAUGAAGAGCUGUGCCAAGAAGGAGUGCCCUGUGGGACAUUCACCUUCCAGUGUGAGGACCGGAGCUGUGUGAAGAAGCCCAACCCAGAGUGUGACGGACAGCUGGACUGCAGUGACGGCUCAGACGAGCGACAUUGCGACUGUGGCCUCCAGGGCCCCUCCAGCCGCAUUGUGGGCGGGUCUGUGUCCUCUGAGGGUGAGUGGCCAUGGCAGGCCAGCCUCCAGAUUCGGGGUCGACACAUCUGUGGCGGUGCUCUCAUCGCUGACCGCUGGGUCUUAACGGCAGCCCACUGUUUCCAGGAGGACAGCAUGGCCUCCCCGAGGCUAUGGACUGUGUUCCUGGGCAAGAUGCGGCAGAACUCACGCUGGCCAGGCGAGGUGUCCUUCAAGGUGAGCCGCCUGUUCCUGCACCCGUAUCAUGAGGAGGACAGCCAUGACUACGAUGUGGCCCUGCUGCAGCUGGACCAUCCUGUGGUGUACUCAGCCACCGUGCGGCCCGUCUGCCUGCCUGCUCGCUCUCACUUCUUCGAGCCAGGCCAGCACUGCUGGAUCACGGGCUGGGGAGCCCUGCGAGAAGGCGGUGAGCAGGGGCAGGCCGCGGGAUCUGGGAUGUCAGGUGCAGGCUUGGGGGAGGGCUGUCAGGGUCCCAUCUCCAGCACCCUGCAGAAGGUGGAUGUGCAGCUGGUCCCUCAAGACUUGUGCAGUGAAGCCUAUCGCUACCAGGUGACCCCGCGCAUGCUCUGUGCUGGCUACCGCAAGGGCAAGAAGGAUGCCUGCCAGGGUGACUCUGGGGGCCCGCUGGUGUGCAGGGAGCCCAGUGGCCGCUGGUUCCUGGCAGGGCUGGUGAGCUGGGGCCUGGGCUGUGGCCGACCCAACUUCUUUGGCGUCUACACCCGUGUCACACGUGUGAUCAACUGGAUUCAGCAGGUGCUGACCUGA